AUGGAAUGUCUUGAUGUUCCAGUGGGAGGAACUGUGAUGGUCGCUAACCGUCUGGAUCUGGAGGAGGCUGACUUUGUGAGUGUUCAGUCCUUUACCAUUAAGGCAUGUGAUGAAGACAAGCAGUGUGCAGCUGUUCCUGUGAUGGUGUACAUUCAUGGGAUCAAUGAUAAUCCGCCAUUCUGCAUUGAGGUAAUUGCAAAUAAAACAGUUGUUGCUAAAGUGGUGUGCCAUGACGUUGACAAGUCCCCAGAUGUGCUUCAGUAUGCUCCUAAUAGUGGACCACUUGGUGAGGGAGAGUUGUUUGAACAAGUACCAGACUUUAACAAUAUGAUCUGGGUGACCAAAGACUUGGAUUAUGAAAAGCCAGAGCCUCCUGCGGUGGGUCAUACCUACGAGAUGAUGCUUUCUGUCUUCGAUGGCACCAGGCCCUCCCACACAGUCACUGUUACGAUCCUUGUGGAGAUUGUUCCUGCCAAUGAAUUUAGUCCAGUUUUUAGGCCUGCAAGUUACUCAUUCUCUGUUCCAGAAACAUCAGGAGCCUCCUAUGAAGUUGGAAGAGUGACUGCUUUUGAUGAAGACAGUCCACUGAACUGUGUGAGAUAUAAAAUAAUCAGAGGAGACACCCAGAUUAUUCGAAGAUUCUGGAUUCAUCCACUAACUGGAAUGAUAGAACUGACCACCCGACCAGAUUAUGAAUCUCUGAAGCAGUAUAACCUCACCAUAGAAGCUGUGGAUUGUGACCAAGCUCAACCACGGUCAGCUGUUACCACAGUUACAAUUGACAUAAAGGAUGAGAAUGACGAAGCGCCUGUCUGCAAACCAUCUAAGUAUAAGGCAGUCAUUUUUGACAGUGUUGCUGCUGGAACAAACGUCAACAGUUUCAAGCUAAGCUGCCAUGACAGAGAUUCACGCGAUACUGAAAUGCACUUUGAGAUAGUUUCUGGAAAUGAGAAACAACAUUUUGGAUUUGAUCCUACUCGGGGCUCAAAUACUCCAAAGCUAAUUGUGACAAAUCCCUUUAAUUUUAUGUCUGGAGCAGAUUUUCAACAGCACUAUCGUCUUGUGGUACACAUUAUUGAUGACAAUUUGCAGCAUGGCAAAGUUGUGUAUCCUCAAACUGGGACUGUCAUGAUAGAUAUUUUUGUGACAAGACAAAAUACACCAGCUCCUCCAGUCACCAGUUUUGAACAAAAGAAAGGUGUGACCAUUGUAUACACCUCUAUAAACACAUAUAGUCCCAAGGACUGGUACAUCCCUUUCAUCUUUACACUGAUGGCGGUUUUCCUGGCUGGACUGCUUUCCUGGACGUGUUACCUGCUUGUGAAAUAUAGCAGCAUUACAGCCAGGUGCCAAAAACUGACCAAGGAACUCUUGAAACCCAAAAGCAAAGGAAAGAAGUACAUAGCAGGAAACAAAAAUACCAAUGAUGACAUGGUAUCAGGAAGUAGAAAUAAAAAAGUUGAAGUGAUAACUGAAACAACUGUGUAUGAGACAGUGUUUGAUGGAGAAGCAAUUGAUCCAGUUACAGGAGAUGUAUAUGAAUAUAACAGCAAGUCGGGAGCUCGGAAAUGGAAGAAGAUGCCUAGAGCACCAAAGGAUCUGGUGGCCAAUGUACAAACGAUCUCAGAGAUGCUCCCUAUUGAUGAACCUAUUCAGGGAUGAUAUAUCUACAUCUUAUCUUACACGUUACAAAGAAUCUACAGAAUCCCUCUCAAUACUUUAACCAUUGUCUUUUGCUAAGUGGAAUGACAUGUAUUUUUAACUCUGUUUUCCAAAAUUAAAAUGUAAAUUUUGGACAGUUGCAUGCCUUCCAGCACAUGAAUAGUCAAAAUUUAAGCUCUGGGGACAGACUCGAAGGACUGAAUUUUAAUCCUCAAGAGUUUUCCUGAUGGCAGCAAAAUUCUUUUCUCAUUUAAUCAGCUUUUUUUUUUUUUUUUUUUUAACCUUCUGCAGAACUACUUGGAAUGAUUUCUUCCAGUUACUGGUAAUCAUUCAAAAUGAAUGAUUUUUUAAAAAGCUCAAUUGAUCUGGCCUUUUAAUUUUCUUUUUAUAGUUUUCGAUGCAAAAUGGCCCUGCCAACUCUUUACUUAUUAAUGGCUUGUAAAUGCGAUUUUGCAAUCAAGGCUGUCACUGCCAUCAGUGAAGUCUGUGACAUCUUGUUUUAGUAAAUGAAGUUUUAAAGUCCACCAAGACUAUUGUGCUUCCUAAUUCAUAUUUGUAGAACACUCUAAGAAGGUGACGCCUUCUGAUAACUCCUUAUAACAGCACUAUGUGGUAAUUCAUUCAAACAUUCUUCUCCCUAUUUGAUAGGUGAGGAAAGUGAGGAUCAGUGACUUUCUUCUUCAAGAUCACAAGUAGUAAGUGUCAGAGCCAGUGUUCUAACCCAUGUCUCACAAGGUCAAUAAUCUUUUAAUAGAAACUACAAACCUAGACUGACCUGGUAAGUCAGAUAAUGCUAUUCUUUUCAUUCUCUUGGGCUUAGACAACAGGGUGCCCAUCAUGACCAAUUUCUAAGUCUGAAUCUCCAUGCACAACAUAAUAACUAGUAUUGAGCUGGUAAUUUUAUAAUAACUGGCAUUUACAUAGGUUUGCAAAGCAUGUUACAUUCAUGAUUUCAUUUAAUUCUCAUAACUACUUUAGGAAAUAAAUUUUGUUGUGUAAUUGA